AUGGCGUACGUGAACACCCGCAUCCCAGAAAGCUGGAGGUUGAUUGCUCUCGUCAACGCGAAGAACAAGGUCCCGGAGCUCCAGAAGUUCUACCAGACCGCCUACAAGGAGCACAACCGCCUCUGGAAGAUCAACCCUCGCAGCCGUGUCUACAUGAUCCCCUACACCGUCGCCCUCUGGGGCACCCUCGGCCUCACCCUGUACGGUGGUGUCCGCAAGGUCCUCGGCUACAACAGCUACUUUGGCAAGAACUAG